UGAUGGCCACCACGAUGGGCAGCGGCGAGGCGCUGAGACGGAACUUUGAUGCCCGCCAGACGAGCGUCAACUCGAACAUUCCGCUGUGGAAGCAACGCGCCUGCGAAAAGACGCAAAAGUACAAGAUGAACUCGCACUACACCUGCGACGAGAAGGGCGACGUGAAAUGCCUGCCCGGCUGGCAGGGCGAUCUCUGCCAGGUGCCCUUGUGCCGGCGCGGCUGCGAUCCCAUGAAUGGCUAUUGCCAGCGUCCCGGCGAGUGCCGCUGCCGGAUCGGCUACACGGGAGAGCAGUGCGACAAGUGCAUACCGCUGCCGGGCUGCCAGCACGGCACGUGCAACAAGCCGUUCGAGUGCAUCUGCAAGCCCGGCUGGGAUGGCCUCUUCUGCACGGAGCCCAGCUGCCGCAGCGGAUGCCACAGCACGCGGGGGUACUGCGAGGCACCGGGUGAGUGCCGCUGCCGGAUCGGCUGGGCGGGCCGCAGCUGCAGCGAAUGCGCCACCAUGCCGGGCUGCCAGCACGGCACCUGCAACAAGCCGCUCGAGUGCAACUGCCAGCCGGGCUAUACGGGCCUGCUCUGCCAGACAGCGCUCUGCGCCUCCGACUGCAGCAAGCAGCAUGGCUAUUGCCGCAAGCCUGGCGAGUGUCGCUGCAAGGUGGGCUGGACGGGCGCGCAGUGCGACAAGUGCUUUCCCUAUCCCGGCUGCGUCAACGGCGACUGCGAGGCGCCCUGGGAGUGCAACUGCCGGCCCGGCUGGGGCGGCAUGCUCUGCGAUGAAAAGCUGAGCUACUGCCUCGACCAUCCGGACACCUGUGCAAAUGAUGGCAAAUGCGUCUCGCUGAGCCGCGAGGAUGGCAGCUAUCGCUGCCAGUGCCGCCAGGGCUACCUGGGCAAGAACUGUGAGAUAUUGGACGAGUUUCUACUUACCUCUGUGGCGCCACCGCGCAUUACGCCGCCGCCGCCUGAUGACAGCAGCAGCCCAAUGGAGCUGGCAACAAAGUUGCCAACGCUGGGCUUAGGCGAGACCACAGCUGAACCAACAACAACGGCCAGGACAACAGCAAUGGGCGUGGGACUGGCAUUGGGACUGGGUUUGGUCGCAGAGCCCGCUGCCAUACGCGAGGAUGAGGACGAGGAGGAUGAGGACGAGGACGAGGAUGAAGAUGAGGAGGAGGACGACGAGGAGGAUGGCGAUGACUACGAUGAUGAGGAUGAUGACAACGAUCAAAUCAUACCAAAUAUUAUUUGA